CCAGGCCCAUCAACUCCAAAAAAAAAAGGAAGCUGAGUCGGCUUCAUCUCCGUCUUCACCGUUUGCUAAAAAAAAGGUCCGUCUUCACCUCCGCCGCCGCCGCCGCGGCGCCGUCUCCGGUCGUAAGCUGGGUUCCGAAGAUUAAUACCAAUCUAGGGCACGCCGUCGCCGUCGCGCCAUGGAACAAUCUAAGUCGAUGUCGAUGUGCACCCCGAAUUUGGCGCAGGUCACCCACAUGUUCGACAUCUUCGGCUACAGCAAGCACAGGGGCAUGGGCAACGAGAAGUUCAUCAGGUCCGGUACUUUCUCUGUCGGGGGCCACGACUGGUCCAUCCGCUUCUACCCGGACGGGUACAGCACGGAAAAAGUCGAGAAGGAUUACAUCUCAGUUUAUCUCGAGCUCAUGAGCAAGGGAGCCAAGGUGCGGGGGUCCUGCGACCUGAGGUUGGUCGACCAGAGCACCGGAAUGUCGGCUUCGGUGCACAAGACAGAGCUGAGGACUUUUGAUCCUGCUGGCCUCAGUAGGUUUGCUCCACUCACUAGUAAUUUCAAAAAUAGAGGGGAUGUUGAGUCUGCGUUCCUCGCGAACGAUCGCCUCACGAUCGAAUGCAUCGUCACUGUUAUCGAAGAGCCAUGCGUGACUGAAUCCAAACCGUUCCCCAAAACCGAGGUGCCGGUGCCACCCUCCGAUAUCGCCGAGCAUCUCAGCAAGCUUCUGGAAGACGACGAGGGGUUCGAUGUCACUUUCUGUGUUCGAAGAAAGACCAUGAGAGCUCACAGGUCCAUUCUCGCCGCGCGAUCACCUGUCUUCAAAGCGGAGCUCUUUGGAUCGAUGAAGGAGGCGAGGAUGCCGCGGCGCGUUACCAUCAAAGACAUGCAACCUGAUGUUUUCAGCGCCCUGCUCCAUUUCAUAUAUACCGACUCUUUGCCUGAUGGUGACAAGAAUGCUGACAUGAUCCGUCAUUUACUGGUGGCUGCUGACAGAUAUGCCAUGGAGAGGCUGAAGCUGGUUUGCCAAAGUAUCCUCUGCGAGAAUCUGAACGUUGACACCGUGGCAACCACAUGGGCUUUGGCUGACCAGCAUAGCUGCGACAAGCUUAAGGAUGCUUGCGUUGAGUACAUCGCUUGUUCGAAUGCCAUGGAUGCUGUGGUGGAAACCCAAGGCUAUAAGAAUCUCAAAGUGGCUGACCCGUCUCUCAUAGUGGAUCUGUUGGAGAGGACAACAAAGGUUCGCAAUGCAUGGCUUGCCCAUCAUCAUAUAUAGGUUGAGUUUCUACGUCGGUACUGAAUGGUUUCCUAUGACCUAUAUAUGUGUUUUUGUUAAAUCGCAUGUUAACAUUAUUAUUGGGAUUCUCAAGUUUAUGAAUGGCGAGCUAGUUUUCCUAGAUCAUCCCAUCCGAAAUUGAACCUGUCAGCGAUUAGUUUAGUCUUGGAAGUUCAAUUUAUCAGGUUGCUGAUUUUAUCCAUGGAUGGGAUGAAUAUACAGACCGAGUGCUUUCUU